UGCCGGCCCACAUCUCCCAAACAACCACAUCACAGUCCUACCUCGCGCUUCUCACGGCUGUCACGGCUUUUAAUAGAGAUUUGCAGCUCUUGUUAUAUAUGAGCAGACAAAAUGCCUGAAGCCGUUACCAUGCCCCAGAAGCGGGUUCUGGGCGAGGCAACGAACAACCCUCGCAGCAGCGGUCCGAAGUCGCCGACUGCGCUGAAGAAACGCAAAAUCGAGAAUGGGUCUACUUUCAAGAACAUGCAGGGCACGCAGGGUCAACGGAAGGUCCCUGGGUCGAGUCAGCCGCAAAAAAGCCAGUUCGAGGAGGAGGUUCUCGAGAAGUUGACCCAGGACAUGAAUGGGUUGAAGCAGAAUAAUUCAGAAAAAGAUCAACAAUGGGAGCGUCCGCCGCUCGGCGAGUUUGAUGCUUCAAAGGACAACAUUUGUUUCCAACAGAUUGAUGCGGAGGAGGGCGCAGUUCAUGGCGGGAAGACCGCGGUUCGACUAUUUGGUGUCACCGAAGCUGGCCAGUCCGUUCUGCUUCAUGUCACCGGAUUCCAACACUACCUUUACAUCGCCGCCCCUGUGAACUUCACGAAAGACGAUUGCGAGCCCUACCGAGCAUUCCUUGAAAGUCGGAUCGGACAAUUUCAACCUACAAUUCAGUCGGUACAGAUAACGAUGAGAGAGAAUAUCUAUGGCUUUCAGGGCAAUCAAAAGAGUUACUAUCUCAAGAUCACAGUGACGGAACCGAAGCACAUCAGCAGAUUGCGGAGUGCCUUGGAGAGCGGAGGUGCGCAGAGUCUCAACUACAAGGGGCUUUGGAACAACGCAGAGGGUGGAUUUCUCACAUUCGACAACAUUCAAUACCUUCUGCGAUUCAUGAUUGAUGUAGACAUCUCGGGCAUGUCGUGGGUUGAGGCAACGGCCGGCAAGUACCGACUAUUCGGUCCUCGUGAGAAGAUAUCGAAUUGCCAGAUUGAAGCGAGCAUAGAUUAUCGAGAUCUAAUAUCGCAUCACCCCACCGGAGAAUGGGCUAAGAUGGCACCGCUUCGCAUCCUUUCCUUCGAUAUCGAAUGCGCUGGUCGCAAGGGAAUCUUUCCAGAACCGAAUCACGACCCCGUCAUCCAGAUUGCCAAUGUCGUUACGCGUUACGGAGAGUCGAAGCCUUUCAUUCGCAAUGUCUUCGUCCUGGACACCUGCAGCCUCAUUGUUAACACCCAGGUUCUAGAGUUCCAGGAUGAAUCCAAAAUGCUCAUGGCCUGGCGCGAUUUUGUGGAGAAGGUAGACCCGGACGUCAUUAUUGGAUACAAUAUUGCCAACUUCGAUUUCCCGUAUCUUUUGGAUCGCGCCAAGCAUUUGAAGUGCACCGGAUUCCCUUACUGGACACGACUGAAUGGGGUAAUGUCCCAGGCCAAGGACACGAACUUUUCCAGCAAGCAGAUGGGCAACCGUGACACCAAGUCUACCAACACCAAUGGCCGGAUUCAAUUGGAUUUGCUUCAGUUGGUACAAAGAGAUCAUCAUCUGCGGAGUUACACGCUUAACUCCGUGUCCUACGAAUUCUUGGGAGAACAGAAGGAAGACGUGCAUCACACGAUGAUCACUGAGCUCUAUAACGGCACGCCAGACUCCAGGCGAAGAUUGGCUGUCUACUGUUUGAAGGAUGCAUAUUUGCCGCAGAGACUGAUGGACAAGCUUAUGUGCUUGGUUAACUAUACUGAGAUGGCAAGAGUCACGGGUGUUCCUUUCAAUUUCUUGUUGUCCAGAGGUCAACAGGUCAAGUUCAUCAGCCAACUGUUCCGAAAAGCACUGGAACAACAACUUGUUAUUCCCAAUAUGAAGUCCACGGAUGAGCAGGAUUAUGAAGGUGCCACUGUCAUCGAGCCCGUCAGGGGCUAUUAUGGCGUGCCCAUUGCAACGCUCGAUUUCGCAUCGCUGUAUCCUUCUAUCAUUCAAGCACAUAACCUGUGCUACACGACACUGCUGAACAAGAGCAGUGUAGAGCGACUCAAGCUCAAGAAGGAUGAGGACUACAUCGUGACACCAAACGGCGAUAUGUUUUGUACAGCCAACGUCCGCAAGGGUCUUCUGUCACAGAUUCUUGAGGAAUUAUUGACAGCCAGAAAGCGGGCAAAGAAAGAACUUGCCGUGGAAACCGACCCGUUCAAGAAGGCCGUCUUGAACGGAAGACAGCUUGCUCUGAAGAUCAGUGCCAACAGUGUCUACGGUCUCACAGGUGCCACUGUCGGAAAGCUGCCAUGCUUGCCUAUCGCUAGUAGUACAACCAGUUAUGGUCGUCAAAUGAUCGAAAAAACGAAACAGGAGGUCGAAGCUAGAUAUACCAUCGCCAAUGGAUAUUCGCAUGACGCCAAGGUCAUUUACGGAGACACUGACUCUGUUAUGGUCAAGUUUGGCGUGGACUCGCUAGAGGAGGCAAUGAAGCUUGGACAAGAGGCAUCUGAGUAUGUCUCUUCGAAAUUCCUUAAGCCCAUCAAGCUUGAGUUCGAGAAGGUCUACUUCCCGUAUCUCCUCAUCAAUAAGAAGAGAUAUGCCGGUUUGUACUGGACGAACCCUAAGAAGUAUGACAAAAUGGACACCAAAGGUAUCGAGACAGUUCGCCGUGACAAUUGCUUGUUGGUGCAGAAUGUCAUCGAGACGGUUUUGCAUAAGAUCCUCAUUGAUCGGGAUAUCGAUGGUGCCCAGGAUUAUGUCAAGGACACUAUUUCGGAUCUCCUGCAAAACAAGAUCGAUAUGUCCAAGCUAGUGAUUACGAAAGCCCUUUCCAAAGAUGCAUAUACAGCAAAGCAGGCGCACGUGGAGCUUGCCGAGCGGAUGAGGAAGCGUGAUGCAGGUUCAGCGCCCACUCUUGGAGAUCGUGUCGCCUACGUCAUUGUGAAGGGUGCCGGUGGCUCGAAGAACUAUGAGCGUUCUGAGGAUCCUAUCUAUGUUUUGGAGAACAACAUUCCCAUUGACACCAAGUACUACCUGGACAACCAGCUUGCCAAUCCCCUCGGACGUAUCUUCGAACCGAUUCUUGGCGAGAAGAAGGCUAGCCAGCUUCUGACUGGCGAGCACACUCGGUCUAUCUCUGUCGCAGCACCGACAAUGGGAGGGCUGAUGAAGUUUGCAAAGAAGACGCAAACCUGCUUGGGCUGCAAGAAGCCCCUUUCAGGGAAAGAAGAGAUGGCAGGCGCUGUGUGUGAGUACUGUCGGCCUCGCCUUGGUGAACUCUACACCAGAUCUCUGAACAAGGUCUCGGACUUGGAGGUCCGGUUUGGGCGUCUGUGGACGCAGUGUCAGCGAUGCCAAGGCAGUUUGCACUGUGAGGUUAUCUGCUCGUCUCGCGAUUGUCCCAUUUUCUAUAUGCGUAUGAAGGCGAAGAAGGACGUUGAGGACUCUCAGAAAGAGCUGGCUCGAUUUGAUUUUGAUGCUGGUGCAUGGUGAUUGUUGAUGGCAAUAGUUGGUAUCUAUUAUGAUUGUAUAUGUAUCUCAUCACUUGUUUGGACCAGGGAGCAUCGGCGUAUUGGAAAAUCAUCGGAGUCAUGGUUUUAGAUAGCAUACGGUCUUGUAUGGUCAAUAAUAU